UAUUUUUCAGUUCGGAAAUACUGCUUGACUGGUGAAGACCGUUUAAGAGUUUUUUAUUUAAAAAAAAAAAUAAUUCCGUCGAUUUUGUUAGAUUUAAUCAAAUGUUGAUGUGAAUCCUUCAAAAAUAUCCGAAUAAAAAUAAAUAUCAACGUUCGCAUUGUUGAUUGGUGCAAGAUUAGAUACAAAGUUAAUUUGUAAACAUCGUUUGAUACGUUGAUUUAAGUUAAAUGUUUCAAUUUAUUUUCUGUAAAUUCGGUCAGACAUUUUGUUUUCCUAUAAGAUUCUUUCGGUGAAACUUAUUUACGAGCGUAUUUACAUUUGAUUAUUGUGGUUUGAGUGGAGUGAUAAAAGUUUUUGACUGAUAAAAAUUAAAUGCAGUGCAUUUCGUCGAAUCGCAGUGGAUUUUUUUUUAAACAUCACCAAAAAACUGGAUUGACCGCAAUAAAUAAAUCAGUUCGUCUAAAUACAGUUACAUAACCUCAAUUAUAUACUGAUUUAAAACACUUACAUACAUACUAUGUAUAUUGAACUCUGAUUAAAACGUAACAUAUUCGUUUGUGAACUAGAAAAUCAACUCAAAAAUUUUUUUAUUUUCAUAAAAAAAUAUUUAGAAACGAAAAUUUGAUGUGUGUACAUACACACAAGAAACAACAACAAUUACGCAUCACUGACGUCACAUGUUAAAUUUGUGAUUUGGUUGACAAACUUGACAUAGUUGUGAAUAUAUUUCUUUUUGGAAUUUGUAAACAUUCGAUAAUUUAAAAGAAGAAAAAAUGAGUGCCAGAGUGCUCAAUCCUUUGUUCAUGUCGGAGCUGUACAAAAAGUCACCGAAAGUUCGGUGUCAUAUGCCAAGUACAAAUCAAUUGGCUAAAGUUAAACGAGAUUUAUUCGGUCCAGUAGAUAGAGAAGCUUGCAAAAGGUUUGCUGAAAAUGAACUUGCAAAUCUUCAACUAGCCGCCAACGAACGAUGGGGUUUCGAUUUUGCUCAAUGCGUUCCGAUACCCGACAACAAAAAAUACAUUUGGGAACGGGUACCGCCAACCAACCCGGAAAUGUACACCAUCAUUCGAGCGGCUCAUUUGCGUGAAACAUCCACAGCGCCAAAUUACAACGAUCUACUGUUGGACGAACGGGCAAAUCGUGCAAAUAUGGAAAGAAUGGACCUGUGUGGCGAUGAAGUUAAUUCAUCGGACGAAUCGUUAUGCAAUUCACCAACAUCGACCGUGCCAGUGCUGAUAGUUUCGCCCGGUAAACGUGGGAAACAACGACAGCCCAAAAUAACAGACUAUCUAAAAGAGCGUAAACGGUUGGCUCCGACACCGAAGAAACUAUCCCCAACCACCAAACGUUCCCGUAGUGCAACGACCACUUCGUCACCCCUGUUCAAACAACGGCCCACUACUUCAAAUUGAACAAUUAUUUGUUUUAUGUUUCGAACGUAAUAAAUCCAAUAUAUAACUCUCGAUGCUUGUACACCGAGACCACCUUGAAAAAAACAAAACAAUUAAGUAUAAGAGAAAUUUAAAUAAAAUUAUAUUUUUCCUUAUUUAUAAGAGAGAUCUAUAUAUUUUCAUUGAAUUUAAGGCUUUUUUUAAAAAAAAUGAUUUUGCUCUUUAAUUAAAUUAAAUUAAUUUACUGUCAACGGCCAUAAAUUAUAAUUUUUUUUAUCGUUUGUUUGUUUUAAUAUUUACUGAAAUAAACAACCAUGUAAUCCGUUCGACCAGCUGAAUUAACACAAAACAAAACAAUAAUAACAAAACCGUACUAAAAUUUUUAUAAUUUAAUCACAAAAAAAAACGUCGGCUUGUAAAUAUUAUUGAACAUAAACAAUAAACAAAAUUACGGUUAACAUUAAAAUCAACUAAUUAAUCAACUGACCAGACGGAAAUUUUCUUCGAUAAAGUUUUUGGUAUACAUUUCAUAAUGCAGUUCUGCAACAACAAAAAAAAAGACAAGGAAAAGUGUUGUCAACGUUUAUAAUCCAUUUUCUCAGCUAUUUUCUUUGCUUGUUCAUUUUAUUGUUCCAUUAAAUUUGUCUUAUUUUAAUAAAAGGCAAACUGAAGAAUACGCAGAACAAAAAGUGACGAUGAACUCGUGCGCCCAGUGACUUUAAUUUUUGAUUAGUCAUCAUUGAAGAAGUGUGCGAAAUAUGAGUAGCUAAAACAGACGAAAGAUAUUUAUUUUUGAAUGUGUAAAUCAAAAAUAAAUAAAUUGGAUAUGUUUGGAUAGCGAAAUCAGUUUCAUAGUUUCACAUCCGAAUAAGACCAAUUUAAAUGAAAUGAAAUAAACAAAAAAAGAACUCUACCAUUGUCAACCAAUAGACUAGAAAUUUUCCAUUUGUUCUGUGAUUUAUUUUUGUGUGAUAAAUUUAACAUUAAUUACGAUAUGAUGAGAAAUGAUUAAUUUAAAAGAAUAGUAUGGAAGAAGAAGAAGAAGUUAAAUAUCUUUCAAUUAUAUUUUUUAAUGUCUAAGAAUUACCAACAAAUGAUUUGUUUGAUCUCUUAAAUGCAUAGUAAAUUUUCAUUUUUAUUUUAUUCUUAAUUUUAUAUUUUGUAGAAUUUAUCGAUUUCUAUUCAUUUAAAGCAAUAGAAAUCGUUAA